AUUUAGUUUUAGUCCGACGGUCACACUGCCAGUAUUGCCUUUCAAAAGUAGCGGCGUUUUUCUGCAAAAUUUAUCAAGAAAGCGAAAAUAUUGUUCUUUUCGUAUAUUAUAAGUAUAUAAAUAAUAAUGUCGACUGCCCAGGCAACCAAGAACUGCAUCACCCUCAAGGGCUCAGCCCAGAUAAUCGUGGAAUAUCUAAAGUACGGUAUCAACUCCAUCCUGUUCCAAAGAGGCAUCUAUCCGGCGGAAAACUUUGACAGCACCCAGCAGUACGGACUUACCAUCCUGAUGUCCAAGGAUCCCAAGAUCACGACUUUCCUGCAGAAUGUGCUCAGCCAAACGGAAGAGUGGCUGGCCAAGAACAUGAUCAACAAGAUCUCCAUGGUCAUCACGAACGCCCACAGCAAGGAGGUGCUCGAGUGCUGGGACUUCAAGAUGCAGGCAGAGCUGGGCGACGGCGACACCAGCGAUCCUGCCAAGCUCACAUCCACCAAGGAGCUGUCACGCAUCCAGAACGAGAUCCGAGAUGUAAUGCGCCAGAUCUCGGCCACCGUCAGCUAUCUGCCGCUGCUCGACUGCAUCUGCACCUUCGAUGUGAUGAUCCACACGCUGAAGAACACGGAGCUGCCCGCCAAGUGGGACGAGACGGGAGCCAUUGUCAUCCAGAAUGCCCAGGCCGUGCAGUUGCGCUCCUUCUCCACGGGCCUGCAAAAAGUGGACACCGUGGUCAACUACAAGAUGAGCUCCUAGAGUAAAGCAGUUUUUUCUAAAUAUUUAUUCAUUUCUAUAUAUUUACAAGUAGUUUAAAACCAAAAAAGUAACGUAACAUAUUUGAGAGUUGCAUUAAAAGCCAGUUGUGAAAAGCUAAAA